AUGAAGGGCUACCACGUGAGCCGCAGCCUAUCACAGCAGGCCGCGGGGCCGUGCCACUGCGAGGAGUACGGCGGCGGCCGACCCGAGCCCCACUACCACCACCCAGAGCACCACCCCCCUUACUACCCCCCCGGUGGCCCGCCCGGCGGCCCUGACCAGCCCCCUCUGGCCCUGCCGGCUCCCCCCAGUGGCGGAGGAGGGGGAGGCACCUUCCCCAGGGCCCACCCGCCACAGCCUGCUGCCUACGACCCCUGUGAGCAGUGCCUGGGACAUGGGGGCAAGAUGCAGCGCGUCCCAGCCGGUCUUCUCGACCACUUUGAGAAGCCUUUCCAGCCAGAUGGCUUCCACACGCUACAAUACCAACGCUCCGCCAGUGGGGGCAGCCGCAGUGAGAGCCCGUCCCGCAUCCGCCACCUGGUCCACUCAGUGCAGCGGCUCUUCGCCAAGUCCCACUCCCUGGAGGCACCCUCCAAACGCGAGUACAACGGGGCGGCAGGGGGCCCACGUGGCGGGGAGUACCGGGAGAGAGGAGGAGGUCACCGGAGCGGAGGAGAGGAGGGCGGAGAGCGAGGCGGCGAGAGGGGUCACCACCAGUCGCGCUCGGCGCGGCGCAGCAAGAGCCGCGAGCGCAGCAAGAGUGGAGACUACCGCCCCUCAUCGUCUUCGCAUGGCGGCCACGGCGGUGGAGAGUUGUCCUCGCACGGAGGGGGGCACCGGCGCCACCACAGUCACCACCGCAGCCGCACGGCCGGCUGGUGGAGCUCCGACGACAACCUGGACAGCGACAGCAGCUUCCUGCCUGGGGGGGUGCGAGGAGGGCGAGGUGUGACGGCCUACCACGAGAGCCUGGAUGCCACACUGCACGAACUCACCAUGAAGAGGCCCAAAGGAGGACCACCGGGAGCGUGCCUGGCCUGCAGCAGUAUGGUGAUGGUGGGCGAUGGAGGAGGGGCACACUCCCUGAAGAGGAGCACCUGGUCUGCCAUGACGGUCAGCCAAGCCAGGGCAGGAGGAGGAGGAGGAGGAGGAUAUGACAAGGCCCUGGUACCCAUCGAACCCAAGAGCAAGGAAAGGACACUGCAACAUCUGCAGGUGCCAUUUGACGAGUGGGGCGGUGCGUAUCCAGAGGGUGUGGGGGGAGGGGAGAUCCCGUGUCGGCGUAUGCGCAGCGGCAGCUACAUCAAGGCCAUGGGGGACGAUGACAGCAACGACUCAGACGCCUCGCCCAAAGCCUCGCCCAAGAGCGCCCUCAUCGCUCAGAGAGAGGCCUUCAGACGCUCCAUAUCCAUGGACCAGAGGUCCACAUCCAGCAAGUAUUCAUGUAGGCAGUGCACAGAUGCGUAUCCCAACAGCCGCACCACGCCCAAAGGACAUGCUCGCUCUCGCAGCUACACACGUUCCUUAACCAGCUCGCAGCUGGGCGACGCGCUGAACCGGCAGUUCGAGGGUGUGUGUGAGUCGAUGUUCGGGGAGAUGGAGUCGCAGGCUGUGGACGCGCUGGAUCUGCCCGGGGUGUUUCGCACGCGCUCCCACAGCUACGUACGCGCCAUACAGGCCGGCUGCUCCCAGGACGACGACUGCCUCUCCGUAUUCUCCAUGACCGCACCUCAGGGCAGCAUUAAAGGAGGACCAGUGGUGCCCUAUAGGAAGGUCCCCCCUCCUCUGCCUCCGCGCAUGUCCAAGCCCAUGAUCUCCGUGACGGCCCAGAGCAGCACUGAGUCCACCCAGGACGCCUACUUCCAUGGCAGCAGCCAGCCCCAAACCCAGGCCCAGACUCAGCCCCAGCCGCACCCGCGCACCAAGCAGCACAGCAACUCAGUGGACGGCGCCGAGCCCAGCAGCACUCGCUCCACCUCGUCACGGGCCGGCGUCUACCCUAGCUCGGGCCGGAACCGGCAGAACAGCAACUCAGCCGAGAGCCUGGACGGCGGUCUCGACUCCGGGAGAGGACGCGGGGGGCUGUUCAGAGAGGCGUCCUUCCAGCAUGGUGGGGGUGGGGGAGGGGGAGGAGGGAUGAUGAUGAGACCCAAGCACAGCAGCUCAGCUGAUAACCUGCUGGAGAGCAGUGGUGGGAUGAGGAGCCAUAGGGAGAGGGGCAUGGGCCACGGGGGGAGUCUGGGGAAGUCUGCCUCCCUGCCCCAGAGCGCCAUGUCCUUCAGCAAGAUGGUGGCUUCAGGCUCGGCAAACACCUCCAUAGACCAGCACAAGCCAGAGGGGCGCGCUCGCAAACUCAGGCCCUCCAUUGCGGUGCAGGUGGACAGCUCUGAGACGCUGUCGGACUCUGAGGGAGAGGGGAGGUCUCUGAGGGAGGUGCACUCCAUUGGGGUUCAAGUGGAGGACGACAAGAGGCGGGCCCGCUUCAAGCGCUCCAAUAGCGUGACGGCGAGCGUGCAGGCGGACAUGGAGCUGGAAGGGGGCUGUGGCUUCCCCAGCGGUGUUCUAGUGGGCGUGGCCACGCAGGAUAAGAGCCUCCAGUUCGGAUGCUCCUUUCAGCGUCACUCUUCCGAACCCGAGUCGGCCGGCCAGUACGCACCCGAGUACACGCGCACCGUACACACACAGGGCCAGUGGGGCGGCUAUGGUGACGACUACCCUCACCCACACCAGCUGCCCCCCCUCCAUCCCCACCACCACUACGGCCAGGACCCCAUAUCGGACCCCCGCACUGGGGGAGGGGGACCCCCUCCUCGCGCCCACUCCCCUCUGCCCCACGAGCGCUCGGCAGUGGUGGCCUGGCAUGAGACGGGGGCGGGCGGGCCCCGAAGCCUGCCUGACUCGGGCCGCAACACGCCCUCCAUGCGGGACGGCGAAUUCUUCCUCAGGCUGCUGCAGACAGAGGUGGAAAGGAUGGAGGGAUGGUGCCACAGCAUGGAGAGAGAGGCAGAGGAGAACGAACUACCAGAGGAGGUGCUAGAGAUGAUGCGUUCAGCUAUUGGCUCCGCCCAGAUGCUGAUGUCACAGAAGGUGCAGCAGUUUUUCCGCAUGUGCCAGCAGAGUGUGGACCCCUCUGCGUACCCACAGCCUACCUGCCAGGACCUGUCCAGCUUCUGGGAGCUUCUGCAGCUGUCCAUCGAGGAUGUGCGUGUGAAGUUCCAGGACCUCCAGCGGCUCAGGGACUCUGGCUGGAGGCUGGCGGCUGAUAAAAAGGAGGAGAAGAAAGGCCCGCCCCCACUACCGAAGAAGCCAUUGGGCGGCGUGACUGGCAGCCUGCGUGCCGACAGCCUGAGCGACGGAAGUGGGGUGCUGGUGAUGUCACGGGUCGGGGCUGGUGGAGCAGGAAGUGGAGGUCCCGGGCUACCGGUGCGGGAGAAGUCAUUGGACCUGGUGGAUCGGCAGCGUCAGGAGACCAGGAGGCGGCUGCUGCAGACCAAGCGUUCGGCUUCGUUUAGGCAGAACUCGGCCACGGAGAGCGCCGACAGCAUCGAGAUAUACAUACCCGAGGCUCAGACACGCCUGUGA